ACACCGUCAGGGCAGAGUUGGACAAUGAGGUAAGUGCGCGUGCUAUCUAAUGGAUAUAUAUCUAUCUUAAACUGGGGGCUGGCGGCAGCAUUGUUUCUCCUAUUUUUGGUUAUAUAUUGUAUGUACGUCGGUCGGUUAAGCUAACGUCCGGGCAGGAGACGCUGUAUUUCGUGAACGGCACGGUGGGAACACCACCGCAGGCCAUACGGAUGCACCUCGACACAGGCAGCAGCGAUUUAUGGGUGAACACGGAUGGGUCGCGCCUCUGCGCCCAGACGUCGAGGCCUUGCGCAUACGGGGGCACGUACAACGCAAACGAAUCGUCCACAUACGGCUAUGUCGGCAGCUGGUUCAACAUCUCUUAUGUCGACGGGUCGGGCGCAUCGGGAGACUAUGUGACAGACACUAUCACGAUCGGCAGCUCGACACUCACCGACUUCCAGUUUGGCGUCGGCUACCGCAGCACCUCGGAGCAGGGUAUCCUCGGCAUCGGCUACGCUGCGAACGAGGUCCAGGUCGGCCGCGCGCGCCUCGAUCCCUACGAGAACCUCCCCCUGAAAAUGGUCUCCUCCGGCCAGAUUCCUCGCAACGUCUACAGUCUCUGGCUCAACGACCUCGACUCGAGCACUGGCAGCAUCCUCUUCGGCGGCGUUGACUCGGCCCACUACACUGGCGCCCUCCUGACCCUGCCUGUUCAGGCCAACGGUGGCAUCUUCGCCGAGUUCCUCAUCACGCUGACUUCUCUCGUUCUUGGCAACAUCACCAUCACUGACAACCGCGCUCUCGCCGUCCUGCUUGACACCGGCUCCUCGCUGACGUACCUGCCCGACGACGUAGUCGAACGCAUCUACCAGGAGGUUGGGGCGCAGUACGACUCUUCGGCCGGCGCAGCCUACGUGCCCUGCGCGCUCGAGGACCGUACCGACACCCUUGACUUCGACUUCGGCGGGCCGCGCAUCGCCGUCGAGAUGAACGAGCUCGUCCUUGACCUCAUCACGGCCAGUGGCCGCCGCCCUACCUUUGCCAACGGCGUCUCCGCCUGCCUCUUCGGUAUCGCCCCCGCCGGCACCGGCACCAAUGUCCUCGGCGACACCUUCCUCCGCUCAGCCUACGCCGUCUACGACCUCGACCGCAACGAGAUCUCCAUCGCACAAACCCGGUUCAACACGACCGAGUCCAACAUCCAGGAGGUCCCCACCGACGGCGGCGUUCCCGGCGCCACUCCUGUUGAGAAUCCCGUCGCCGCCACCGAGGGCCUCAGCCGCGGCACUGGCAACGGCAACGCUGGGGUCGGUAGCGGCACUGGAAGCGGCGCCCCCGGCGCGAAUAUGGCAGCGCCCGCUGCUGCUAUUCUGUCCGCGCUGGCGUUUGGGGCUGUCACGUUGAUUAUGAUGUAAUCUCGAACGGGAGAGCCCCCCCAAAAAGAUACAAAAAUAGCGUUCGUCGUUGUCAUCGAGUUUUGUACCAAUUGUUCAGUGUUAUUAGGGCGGCGUGGAUGGUUUUACCUAAAGCAUUGCAAGGCGUUACGGGAGGCAGGGGGACCUUAUGA